AAAGACUUGCUAAUUUUUCACUUGUAUUUUGCUCGCCAAUUCGCGCUUUCAAGUUCGUUUCCCAUUUCACGCUUCCAUGCUGUCUACUACAACCUACAUUUAACUCUAGUGCUUACCGCCUCUCGGCGUGUUAUCACUCUCGUAUGUAUCAUUGCUUGAUUUCUCGCUGCUUGCAUAGUUAUUUGAUUUUAUUUACCGCAACUCAGCUGUUCUUUUGUUAUUUAUGUGGCUUUGUAUCAAAUAUUCGAAGCCACUUCUACGAGCAGCCAACCACAAAUCGACAACAGAAACCUUUUGCGCAGCACAGCGUCUCAAGCGCUCAAGUCAAUGGUGAAAUUUCAGUUUAGCUGUGCACAAUGGCAAAAGCGCUGCUGCGUAUUUAUAUUUAUUUUUAAAAUUAUCAGCUGUGCACUUUUUUAAUUAUUAUAAUUUUUUUUUUUUUGUAAUAUCUUUUAAUAGUUUUCCUUUUUUCACCACUUCAGGUGCAUAUUUAUGCAAUACUAGAUAAGGGUGCGGGCGCGCGUGAAAUAAGCGCAAUCAAACAGGGAAAUUUGCAUCUAAAAUUGCAAUUGUAAGACUGGAGUGGUUGUGGAAUGGAACUGCGUGGAAUAUUAAUUUCUUAUAUAAGCAUGAGCAUUAUUAAAAAAAAGUGAUGGAAAAAAUGUGGUUUUCUGUGUCGUUGGAUGAGAACGACACCUCCAAUACGAAUGUACCGAUUAGCAAUGAUUUCAAAUCGAUUGAUUGCUGCAUUCCUGUCGCCAAAUAUGAGCUACCCGACUACUCCACAGAUCAUUCGUUUCUACUGAUGGACGCCGAGGAGAAUUUACGUAUACCCACACCAGAGCUAUUUCGCAAGAAACUUAAAUGCAGCGAUGACACAAAGAUCAAAGUAAUUUCCAUAUUCGGCAAUACAGGCGAUGGCAAAUCGCAUACAAUGAAUAAUACUUUCUUCGACGGCGCCGAGGUGUUCAUGACAUCGGCAGAGCAGAAUUCUUGCACGAUAGGUGUCUAUGCGGCACUGCAACGCGACAUGGAUGUGCUGUGCCUGGACACCGAGGGACUGUUGGGCUCAUCCAAACACCAUAAUCGACGCAUACGCAUGCUGUUGAAGAUUCUGGCCGUUUCCGACAUUGUUAUAUAUCGCACACGUUCCGAACGUCUACACAGCGAUAUGUUUGAGUUUUUGGGAUCUGCUUCUGAGGCGUUUUGCUUGCAUUUCGCACAAGCACUGCAGUCGUUGCCAGUGCCAGGCACAGCGCAAACGCUUGGUCCCGCGGUCAUUAUCUUCCAUGAGACACAGCACACAAACCCGCUUGAUGGUUCUGUUGCCGAAAGCGCCGAAGAUCAACUGCGCAAAUGUUUCGAACGUCACAAUCAGAAAAUCAACGCUUUCAGUUCAGUGCGCUAUAUAGGCAUACAAACGCCAAAGCAUGUGGCCACCGAUUAUAGUAAACUUAAGUCUGCUAUAAAAUUGGAAAUCGCUAAUACCACCGUACGUUCGCCCCGUCAACCCAGUGUUGUGUUCAAAGCAAUGAAUGCGCUCAAUACCAAAUUCUCCGGUGAAAUAGUGGAGAAAUCAAUAAAUCCAUUUCCGGAACAAUUUUUCACAUGUCCGGUGCGUUGUGAAGCGUGCAACCAGCGCUGUCAGCGUUCGAUGGGUCAUUUGAGCGAUGGUGAGGCGCAUAUGAAUCAACAGCCUUGCAACUAUCAGAAUCAGUAUGACAAUAAGAAGUACCUGUGCAAAAUAUGCUACAAAAAUGGCAAAGAGAACGUCGUCACAUUUAGCACACAAACAAAGAACGACAGCUCAUGGUCAGGAUUGGCUAAGUAUGCAUGGAAAGGUGGCGUCAUCGAUUGUCCAAGCUGUGGCGAAAUAUACAGAUCACGUCAAUAUUGGUUUGGUAAUAAGUCACCGGAGGAGACAUCUGUUAGAUCAAUAAUUGUACACGUUUGGGAGCCAAAGGGUCCAUCACACUCCGCACAAAUGGUACUCGAUAGGGUAUCAACACUCGGCGAAGCACUACCCAAACUCCAUCCCAAUGCAGUGACCGGUUGGCUAGCUGACUGGGUGGCGCCCGGCUAUUGGAAGCCAAAUAGUGAAAUUAUUAGCUGCCAUGCAUGCCAGAAGGUAUUCGAAAAUACUGGUUUACACAAGCAUCACUGCCGCAGCUGUGGCGAAGGUUUUUGCCAUGCAUGUAGCCAAAAACAAAUGCCAGUGCCAGCGCGCGGCUGGUCAGAGCCUGUGCGAGUGUGUAAUUCAUGUUAUACGCUAUUGCAGAAUAAACCGAAUGCGGUGCCGGCAAAUACAACCGAAGCAUUUAAUCAUACCAAUUCCAAUUCAAAUUCAAAUCCAAAUAAUAAUAUCACAGGCCCACCAACGACUGAACAAGCCGACAUAAGUGUGCGAAAAAUAGGUGAGGUAAUCAUCAAUCCAUUGGGCAGCAUAACAAAGGGAGCUUAUGAGUUUACCAAAGGCAUCAUUAAGGAUACCGCCCGCCCCUCAUACUGGGUGCCCGAUGCCAAAGCGCCAACUUGUUACAUCUGUGAGACACUCUUUGGCACUGCUGAAGAGUUGGCUAUAGCAAAAGCUAAUAGUGUCAUUUCCAGUAGCAGUGGCAACCGCACCACUACUAGCAGUCCCGCACCAAAAACACAAGAAAAUAUUGUCAAUGGCAAUGUCGCCGCGGGUAGUAGCGCUGGUAAUAUAACGAAUGGCGGUUUUAAUAUUCCCUCACCCAUUGGCGACUGUCUACGCCAUCAUUGUCGACGCUGCGGUCAAGCAGUGUGUGAGCACUGUUCGCAACAACGCCAGCCGGUGCCCGAGCAUGGCUGGGAUGUGCCAGUGCGUGUCUGUGAUAAGUGUGCCGAUCUGAAGCAGUGCGAUCCGACCAUUGGUCAGGCAGCCAGCGGCAGCAGUAAUAAAGUUGCAAAAUAAUUAAUGCGUAUGCAGCAAGAUUUAAUGCGUCCCCGACUUGAGGCGGUUGCAUUUAAGAUGUAUGCGUGAAAAAGAGGAGCACGAUUUUUUCUAUGCGCUGUGUGUUUUGCAUUUUAUUUUUAUUUUUGGCCAUUUGGUACAUUGGACUGCAUUAGAAAGUGGUAGAAGAAU